CUUCCAGGCGCGCGCCGGCUCAUCGAUCGAACCUUCGUCGACGUGCGUACGUACUUGCGCCAUGGACGCCGUCGUGUUGGGUGACGUUGAUGAUCUCGACUUCGACUUGGGUUUUAUGGACGGGUUCGAGUUCGACCUGCUGGACAUGGACCUCACCGAAUUCUGCCACGGCGACGGCGAGUGCUUGCUGCCUGCCGUGGCCGAUAAGGAUGGCGGUUUGGGUUUGGAUUUAGGUUCUGAUGACGGUGGCGAAGGGGGGAGGGAGAGCUCGCCGGACUCCGUGGUGACGGACGACGGCGCGCCGCCUCUGUCGUUAGAGCCGUCUGGGGAUCGCGACGAUGGCGAGAUGUCGGCCUACGUGGGCGACCUGGAGAGGUUCCUCAUGGAGAGCGAGGAUGACGCGGAGGCCGGCGGGCCGUUCGCGGCCAAGGGGCUUGCCGCCAACGACCACUUGUUCGACGAUCUCGCUGUUGCGGACGGCGGUUACGUCCAGCCGUCGACUGCAGCGGAGGAGUUUGCCGCCGCGGACUACUUCUUGGGUGAUCUCGACGACGGUUACGCUGAGCCGGCGACUCCAGGGAAGGAUCUCGUCCUCGACGACUACUUCUUCGGCGAUCUCGUCUCGUACGACUACUUAUACGAUCCUGCUGUUGGGAGCGAUGGCUGCGUCGAGCCCGCGGCCGUUGCCAGCGUGGACGAUGCUGCAUCAUCGGCGACGGAGGAGGAGGAUGCUGGCGAGUACUACGACGACGACGACGAAGCGACCUCGAGGAAGCGCGCAAGGUAUGAAUGAAUUGAAUCGAGUUUUCAUUCAUUCAUUCUGUGCUAAUUGCAAGUUUAGAUCUUUUAUCUUCCUGGGCCCUGGUAAUCGGCAGA